AUGGAGAUGAAGCAGGCCGUGGGGACAGCACUCGGGCCCGAUAACAACGUCGGAACCGCGCGGAAGAUGGUACGGAGAGACAUGGCAGCCGACGAUCUCGUUAGUGGGCUCCCCGAUGAAAUCCUCGGCAACAUCAUCUCCCUUCUCCCCACCAAGGACGGCGGCCGCACACCGAUCCUGUCCCGCCGUUGGCGCCACCUAUGGCGCUCCGCGCCUCUUAACCUCGAGGUCACCCGCUGCCUGGAUGGCUUUAUCGACGGCACCAACCGCACCUUCGCCGUCUCCAAAAUAAUCUCCCGACACCGUGGCCCGGUCCGCCGAUUCUACCUUCGCUGGUGCCAUGGUGACCUCCACGCUGAGGCGGAGAGCUGGCUUCGCUCCCGGGUCCUCGAUGACCUCCAGGAGCUCGAUAUCAGCUACGCCGACCAUGCGCUGCCGCCGUCUGUGCUCCGCUCAGCGUCCACCCUUGUUGUUGCCCGGAUCGGCCAUUGUGUUUUACCUCACGAGAUCGAAGACUCCAUGAAAUUCCCCCUCCUUAAGCAGCUCACCCUAUCUUGUGUUUCCAUCUCAGUGGACGUCUUCCACAGGCUAGUCUCUGGCUGCCAUGCCUUGGAGAGCAUAUACAUGUCCGAGGUUCACACUGCGGGUUGUUGUCUCCUCGUUAGCUCGCCGACUCUUAGGAGCAUCGGCUUUCGUCAUAUCUCUACUACUGAGAAAGCAGAACUGCUCAUCGAGGAUGCCCCACACCUUGUAAGCUCUAUGUCAUGGUGAGUACUCAUCUUUACUUGCUUUAUACAGUAUUUCUGAUUUGAUUAACACACAUUACUUAGUCUGGUUUGCAACAACAUUAACAUAUAUGCCUCUUAAUUCCAGUUUUCGCAGUUCCCCAAAUACGCUGUGAUGAAUAAGGAAAAUGUGCAUCAGUAUGACCCGCUACAUCCAAUCGAAUGCCUUGAGACCCAUCUGAAGAGAGUGGCGUUUAAGUCGUUCCUAGGCUAUGAGGAAGAGAUUGACUUUGCCAGAUUCUUUGUCUUGAAUGCAAAAGUGCUAAAACAAAUUGAAAUUGA